AUGUCGACAACAGCUGUCGAUCCCAUCGAGCAGGCGAUCGCGGCGCAGUGGCAGGAAGGGCAUGGUCUACUGUUACUACCUUACAUGAUGGGUGGCUUCUUCGACUGGCUUUUACUCGGGGUGAUCUUGGCCAUGGGCAUACAGUGGGCACAGCACCGGAAAGAGGAGAAGGUGUUCGCGAUCGCAUGCGUGAUCUUAUCGCUUAUAUCAGCUCUCGGCAGCACCAUAUACCUUCUCAUCUGGUUGACCAGAUCCUUCGUCUACGGUUUUGGGACAUGCAGGGAGUUUGCCGAGCUACACUGGGCAUCGCAGUACUCUCUGUUUUGGGACUGGAGCACUACCGCCAUCCAGCUCUUCUACACCGAGCGAGCCUACAGGCUGAACAAGAACGCUCUGUGGAUUCCCGCCCUUGUUCUUCCGGUCAUGACUGCUACGUGGGCGAUGCAUAUCUACAGCGUCAUCUACAGCAAUGACAGGUACAAGAUCGCUGAUCAGGCUGUUUUUAACGAUACUAUCGCAAAAGCUGGGUUGUAUCUCUGGCUCGCUAGUGCACUAUUCAUCGACAUCCUCAUCACGUCCUGUAUAUCUUAUGCGCUGUACAAGCACAAGACCGGGUGGAAGGCGACAGACAAUAUGGUCGUCAAGCUCAUCUGGGUAUCGCUCGAGACUCAGCUCCCUGGUCUCAUCGCGUCCACCAUGAUCCUAGGAACAUGGGGCAACAGACGGGUCGGUAUCAUAUUCCUCGUCUCGCAACCCAAAAUCUACAUCAUCGGCUUCCUCGCCGUGCUCAACUUCCGCUUCUCCCAACGCGACAUCCCCUCCACCACUUCCCACUCUCACGGCGUCAACCUAUACCCUAUCGAAACGGACAUGAGGCGGGGAAGUCGCUCAGGCGGGAAAGAGCUGGAUAGCCCAACCGACAGCAAGCACAAGUCGGAAGUAAGGGUGGAUGUCGAAACGCAAGUAGUCCUCAGUCCGAAGGAAAUGGGAUCUUAUAGCACCAUGAGGAUGAACCGGGGCUGGACCGAGUUGCCACCGAGCGAUAGCCCGGAACAUGACGCGCGGUCUCAGCAUACUGCGGGUACAGGGAAUGCCUUUCUAGCUGGAUCGAGCGAGGCGGAUCUGAAGGGAUGGGAGUACAACGAAAAGGAGGCCGAGGGUACGAGUACGCGCCAUGCGUGA